AUGGGAGAAUACACACCUCGAGAGAAAUCAGAUCCUGAUACUGAUUAUAGCAGAGCUCAGCAGGCGCGUCGCUUCAUGAUCUAUGUUCAUGCAAAUAUGAUGAUAGUUGAUGAUGAAUACAUAAUCAUCGGAUCAGCGAACAUCAACCAAAGAUCAAUGGAUGGUGCCAGGGACUCCGAGAUUGCAAUGGGAGCCUAUCAACCCCAUCAUUUAGCAACUACAAAACCAGCCAGGGGUAGAAUAUUCGAUUUUUGUCUGUCCUUAUGGGGUGAGCAUAUGAGCAUGGUGCCCGACAUCUUUGUGCACCCGGAGAGUCUGGAUUACUCAACUGAUACAUACAUCGGCAAUCUUCUUGUCCAUCUCCUUCGCUACCCCGUUGAAAUCUCUAGCAAUGGAAUGAUUGGUACAUUGCCAGGGAUUGAAUUUUUUCCAGACACCAAUGCCAAAAUCCUUGGCACCAGGUCAGAGGAUCUUCCAUCAGUCCUCACUACUUAA